UAAUAAUUGAUUAUUUUAUUAUAGAUAUGAAAGAUAUGAAAGAGCAUUGGUGAAAGGCCACAAACAAAGUUUGGAUAGAGUAAACAAAGAGAAUUUAGAUGUAGAUAUGCAUAAGUAUAAAAGCCAAAUAAUACAAUUAAUGCAAGAAGGCAAUAAACUUAGUUCUGGUGAAGCAAGGAAAGCCUUUGGCUUAUAUCUAGGUUACAUAUUACGAAAAAUAUCACAGCCUAACGCAGAUUCAGGAUGUUGCGAUCUUGUUAUGAAGUUUCUUCAACACUCGUCUUGCAGUUUGAGAACACCAUUUUUAUUUACGUUACCAUGCAGUAAGUUAAGCGACAAGGACCGAGCUGCCAUUACCGCAAAGCAACUUUCUGAUUUCUUGCAUUUGUAUAACAGAGAAACGGAACUUUUUGAAGAUACCGUAGAUCGGCCUCGUACUGUUCCUAAUAAACUCUUCCAAAAGUUUUUAGCUGCAGCAAGCGAACAAGAUCUCGACGAUGUGCUAAUUCUACAAACUCGUCUUUAUAAAUGUGCUCACAGUUUCCUGGGAAGAAGCGGCUUCGCUGGUAACCUACGCGGCGCAAAUCUUCUCGGAUCUUUACCGCAUAUUACGUCGCGAGUGUAUUCGAAUGCUGCUGCAACAGAACAAUGCAGAUGUAACAGUUCAAUCAAUAGGUAAUCUAAUUAUGACAUUAAGGAAUUUAUAUUUUGCGGAAAAUGAGGAAGGAGGAGCAAGGGAGGGAGAGGGAGAGAGAGAGAGAGAGAGAGAGAGAGGAGAAGGGAAAAAAGUGGAAAAAAAGAGUUAGGCAUAUAAUCGUGAUCCCUAGUCUAUUACAAAGUUAUAUCUCUCUCAUUCUCUUUUUUUAUAAUUAUUUAAUCAAGUAUUACAUAAGGAAAGGAGGCUAUUUUAAUACAAAGUGACAAUUAUACAUUUAUGUCUUGAUAUCAUAAUGAAUUUUUCUUACAUACCUAGUAUUAAAGGAUAGUCUCAGAUAGGAAUAUUUUGAAUACGCUCUAAGACGCUUUAAUAUUUACGAAUGCAAUAUUAAUAUUACGCAUUUAUAUAUAAUAGUCUCCGAGAUAGCGAGGUGAAAUAAUAUUUCUAAUAUCUAAUUCAUAAUCUUUCUCAUUAAAUAUCUGAAAAUCC